AUAAACAAAACUAUGGUUCAUGCAAGAACAACAAUAUAUGUAUAUCACUCCAUGUAAUUUUUUCUUAAAACACAUAACAUUCAAAUAAAGAAUUAGUUGGCUAAUUCGAAAGAGAUGAGGGAGAUCAUAAGUUUACAUAUAGGCCAGGCUGGAAUUCAGGUGGGCAAUUCAUGUUGGGAGCUCUAUUGCCUUGAACAUGGCAUUCAACCUGAUGGCAAGAUGCCCAGUGACACAACAAAUGAUUCUUUCGGUACCUUCUUCAGCGAGUCCAGUUCUGGGCAGCAUGUGCCUAGAGCUGUAUUCGUCGACUUGGAGCCCAAUGUUGUAGAUGAGGUUAGAUCAGGAAAAUACAGGCAACUCUUUCAUCCUGAGCAACUUAUUUCUGGCAAGGAGGAUGCAGCCAACAACUUUGCAAGGGGACACUAUACAGUGGGGAGAGAGAUUGUUGAUUCGUGCCUUGAUCGGGUGAGAAAACUGGCAGAUAAUUGCACCGGUCUGCAAGGAUUUCUGGUGUUCAAUGCUGUUGGUGGCGGAACUGGUUCUGGAUUAGGAUCCUUGCUUCUAGAGCGCUUGUCUGUAGAUUAUGGCAAAAAGUCUAAACUUGGCUUCAAUAUAUAUCCUUCUCCUCAGGUUUCAACUGCAGUAGUGGAGCCUUAUAACAGUGUUCUGUCUACUCAUUCCCUCCUAGAACACGCGGACGUUGUGGUGCUCUUGGACAAUGAAGCAAUCUACGAUAUCUGCAGGAGAUCCUUGGACAUCGAGAGGCCUACUUACACGAACUUGAACCGCUUAAUAUCUCAGACUAUUUCAUCUCUGACCACUUCCUUGAGGUUUGAUGGAGCCAUUAAUGUGGACAUAACCGAGUUCCAAACUAACCUUGUACCUUAUCCUCGAAUACAUUUCAUGCUCUCUUCUUAUGCCCCGGUCAUCUCUGCGGAGAAGGCUUACCAUGAGCAAAGCUCUGUUCCAGAAAUUACAAAUGCUGUAUUUGAACCUUCAAGUAUGAUGGCCAAAUGUGAUCCGAGGCAUGGAAAGUAUAUGGCCUGUUGCUUGAUGUACCGCGGAGAUGUUGUCCCCAAGGAUGUCAACAGUGCUGUUGCAGCUGUCAAGACAAAACGAACAGUUCAAUUUGUCGAUUGGUGCCCCACUGGAUUUAAAUGUGGAAUCAACUACGAAGCUCCAACAAUGGUACCAGGAGGCGACCUUGCCAGUGUGAAGCGAGCAGUGUGCAUGAUCAGCAACAACACAGCUGUGGCCGAGGUUUUUGGGAGAAUCAACCACAAAUUUGAUCUCAUGUAUUCAAAGCGAGCAUUUGUACAUUGGUAUGUUGGUGAAGGUAUGGAAGAAGGCGAGUUCUCAGAAGCUCGUGAAGAUCUUGCUGCACUUGAGAAAGACUACGAGGAAGUUGGUCAAGAAGGAGCUGACGAAGAAGAAGCUGAAGAGUACUAGUUUCUAAAUUUGUUGUUGAAAGGGCAUUUAUCACUGUCCGAUUAGUGAAAAUCCUAUUUUAAACCUUGCUCAAUCUGGUAUAUACCACUUGUUUGGAACUACUGUUCUACCAAGUUCAACACAGUUCACAGAAAACAUUAAAUUGUUAAUUUUAGCGAAUUAUCUAUAUUUGCAGAUGAGUAUAAUAAUAAUAAUUGCAUUGUCAUCCUA